GGUCUGCAGAUGCAGCUGCAUGUGGCCUUUCUUUUCUCACUAAACUCUGCACUUCAGUAAAUCUUGGAGUUGUUCAUCCCGGUAUUUGUGCAGUGUGACCAGAGCGGACAUGAGGGCGUUCAUCGUUGGAGUUGGAGGAAUGACCAAUGGAGGGAAAACUACUCUCUCUGAGAGCCUCAAGCAGCAGAUUCCCCACAGCUGCAUUAUUGCACAAGAUACAUACUUUAAGGAUGACUCUGUUGUACCAGUUGACAGCAAUGGCUUCAAACAGUAUGACAUGCUCAGUGCGCUCCACAUGGACCAAAUGAUGAGUGAUGUGGAUUUGUGGAGAAAAGAUCCUGCAGCUUUCCUGAGGACCAGGGGCCCGACGCACACAGGCGGCUCCGACGUAUAUCUGCUCAUAGUGGAGGGCUUUCUCAUCUUCAACUACAGGCCUCUGAACGAACUGUUUGAUAAAAGAUAUUUCAUAGAAAUACCAUAUGACGUCUGCAAAACAAGACGAAGUUGCAGGGUGUACGACCCUCCUGAUCCUCCUGGAUACUUCGACGGACACGUGUGGCCAAUGUACCUAAAACACCGCAGAGAGAUGGAGAGCUCGGUGCCAGGAAUAGUCUUUCUGGAUGGACUUCAGUCAAAAGAAGAGCUGUUGGCUGUUGUGUAUAAAGAUGUUAUUGAGGAAAUAGAGACAAUUAAAGUGACCACAUAAGUGGAUUUAAUAUAUGAAGGUAAUAUCCUUUUUGUUUCAUUUUUCAAUUUUGUCUGCAGAAAAAGGUCAGAAUGUUUGAAGUUUGACUGGAUUGGAGUUGGAGACGACUGUGAUUCCUGUGGAUAUUUGGACUAAAGUGUAACUAAAAAGACCAAAAUAAGUUAAUCAUUUGUAUGUUUAUAUUUGUCUAACAUUUCAGUAUUGAUUGACCUCUGUUAAGAGCUUUAAAAAGUAAUCAGAUGAGAACGACGGGAUAGUGCGGGUCAUGAAGUUGCUCAUGUAGACCAGAUCAAGGCUGAGAGCCUCACAGAGAUCAUUACUCUUCAGAUACUUUAUGGGAAUACAUCUGGCUGGUAUUGAACAGAGGAUUUAGAAUUUACCGAGAAAUUAGUCUUUCAGCGGAUUAUUUAAGAUUUAAUGUAAUAUUUUACCACAAUCAUCACUUGAUGAGAUGUAACUAUUUUCAUUGAGUAAUCUAUAUCCAGCCUUGUGAUAAAAUAACAGAGGAGUCUGAUGUUUGUGUAUAUUCCGUGUUUAAUUUUAACAUUCCUUCGCCUUACAGCUAACUUCACUCCUUUAUUCAGAACUGUGACAUGGAUUCACAUUUCCAUCUAACUCUCUGGCUGAAUGGAAAAAAAAAGCACAUCAAAGAUGAAGCUGGAGCUUUUCAACACUACAACUUCUG